UAGCAACGCCUCACUCAGCUCCGCCAUGACAGCGGCUCCCUGCAGCACCGCCCGCAACCCCACCCUGACCAAUCACAGACCUUCGUUGUCAGAGACUAGCUAGCCAAUCCUAUUCCACGCAGGCGCACAAGCAAAGAGGGCUCCCUGCAGAAGGCGGACUCGGGUGUGGAGGACUCGUCACUCCUGGUGCCCGCAGCCAUGGGGGCUGCUGAGAGCUUCCCUGUUACACCCACUUCGAAACCCUUCCUCAACAAACACCUGGCACACGUCAGCGAUCCCCGGUCCCCCACACCUGGGAUCCUGCGGACCCCCAUUGAGGUGGAGAGCUCCCCUCAGAGAAGCCCCUUGGCUGAGUCCGAGGAAGCAGUGAGGGCAACUGAACAGAUCCAGAGUUGGGACCCUCGAUCGCCAACCCUCGGCAUCUCACGCACCCCUAUGAAGGCUGUGAUGGCUGACACUAUAAAUUGUUUGGUGAAGCAGCUCAGCGAGGCCUUUGGGGCAGAGACCAUGGAGCACGAGUCACUGCUGGAAAAGCCAUUAGAUCAGGGGCCAAAUCUUGGAGCUGCCUGUGUUCCAGGGGAGGAGACAAAUGGAAAGAACCCUCAGGGGGAAGGCUCUGCCAGGGAUGUGUCUCAGGAAAAGAUCCCAAUGCAGGGUGAGGAGAAGCAGCCACCUUCCAACACUUGUGCUCAGCCUGUAAUGAGACCAGCUCGCUUCACUGACCCACACCGCACCUCCGGGGGCAAACCCACAAGACGCAAGGCCAGCAACAAAGUCUUGGCAGCCUCUGGUGGUACCGGGCGCUCUCCCCUCAGCAUCCUACAAGACGACAAUUCCCCGAGUACUCUCACUCCUCGCCAGGGUAAGAGGCACCCAUUGCUGGCAGAGAACCUGGGGGAGUGGAAGGAGGUGGCAGCAGAUCCAGGGUGCAGCCUCAAAUCAGGGGGCCAUGCCUGGAAUGAUUUGAACAAAGAGAAUCAACACUGUCAUUUGGUGGAGAAUUAAAGGGUUUGGGGAGUCCCCUUUCCCUUGGACUCCUGACAAUAACCCUUUCUUCUAUCUGUGCUUCUGGAAUGGAGACUUCUAAGGACAAAGGAUCCUGCUCUUUUGGGUAGGGACACCCUGGGCCUGUAGUCUCUUCUGACCCAAUCUUUUCAGGCGGAGAGGAUGAACAGUACUUCCUUUUCUCUCCCCUAAUUUUAUGCAUAUCUCUUUUCAUGUACAGGCUUCUGUGCUAUGUGGCUGUUGGUCUCUGAAACCUCACUUAUACUGCCUCAAUUUAUAAGCCCAUGCAUGUGGUUAAUAAACACACUUUAAAGACCA